AUGACACCCAACGGGGCACGCUCGGAGAGGACGCCUCUGCUGUCCUCGUCGCCCAACACCUUUGCGGUCCUGAACAGGCACACAACGGAGCCACGAGAUGUGUCACCACUUUCGCGGACAGAUAAAGGGCCAGACGACAAGCUCUCGACUACCCGUGGAGCGCUGAUCUGUCUCUCCGUCUGGGUUCUCAUCUUUAUUCUCACAAACAAUGUCUCGCUUAUCACGACCAUUCAGUCACCGAUUGCUUCAGAUCUCGAGGUCUCAAAUGCAGUGAGCUGGUUUACAUCAGCCUACCUCAUCGCCAUUACGAGCAUCACCCCCGUGGCAGGUCGCCUGUGUGCCAUCUUCACACCGCGGAUCUAUUUGCUCGUCUCAAUCAUCGUUCAGACAUGCGGUCUUUUCGUGACUUCCCAAGCGAAGUCACUGCCAUGGUUCCUAGCCGGUCGAGUUAUCACGGGCAUUGGAAGCGCGUCUGUCACGCCUGUGGCAUUCCUGCUUGUCACAGAAUUGACGAGCCAGCGGAGGAGAGGCUUGUUCUUCGGGUGUAUCAAUACGGGGUACACUGCGGGCGUGGCAUGUGGCGCUAUCAUUGCUGGGGCGUUGGAGCCGUUGGUCGGCUGGCGCGCGAUAUUCUGGCUGCAGAUCCCCUUCGCCUUGGUCGCCGUCACCGUGGCCUUCUUCAGCAUUCCCAAACCGAAGCAAGCCUCUGCCUCGACAGCGCCCGAAGCGUUGGCGAAGAAGCUGUCUCAAAUCGACUACUUUGGCGUCUUUAGCAUUGUUGCCGCAGUUGUCCUAUUGCUUUACAGCCUCUCGUCUCCACGAAUCCAGAUGACGCCAAUCCUUCUGUCGGUGGCUUCAUUCAUCCUCUUCAUCUUCGUCGAGUCAAGCUGGGCAACGCACCCCAUCGUACCCGUCUCAGUGCUGAGGUCCAGGGGCAAUAUCCUCACUGGCCUAGCUACCGUCGGAGUCAUGACCGCCCGAUGGGGUGUUCUUUUCUACACGCCUACCUAUGUCCUCACGUUAAGAGGCUGGCCUCAGAGUCACGCCGGGCUGACGCUCAUUCCGACCAAUUUGGGCUUUGGCAUGGGUGGCCUCUUGGCGGGCUGGUUGCAUAUUCGACGAGCCGGGUCAUUCUACGUCUCGUGCAUCGCCACCUUCGGGCUUUUUGCACUUUCCAUGUUCGCGGUCUCUUGGAUAUCUACGCCGUCUUCGAACAUCUAUCUCUAUCUGACUGUCCUGUUUGUGAACGGCUUUAUUGUCGGGUCGCUGCUGAACUACUCUCUGGCGCAUGUGUUGCACCUGAACACACCUUCGACGCAUAUUAUUGUCAUACCCUUGAAUGCCAUGUUUCGCAGCUUAUCUGGGUCGUUUGGCUCCAGUGUCUCUGGCGGCCUAUUCCUACGGACGCUGCAGAAGGCACUGACCCGGGGGUUCCAGGACCGAGGGAUAUUCGAGGUCAAGGAGAGGUUGAUCCGGCAACUCGUGGGCACUCCCAUCGUGGUUCAACAGCUGACUGGCGUGGAUAAAGAGGUGGCUUUGUUUGGGUACGAGCAAGCACUGAAGACAAUCUAUAUGGCCGGUGGCGUUCUGGCUAUUUUCAUGUUACUCGUUCAAGCUGGGACUGGUUGGACCGCACCGGAGGUUGUCAAGGACGAGGAAGAUGCUGUCGAUGGGUCGGAGGGCAUCGAACGUACUAUUUCGAGGGAGCCAGUUGCGUCGUAG